AUACAAUCAACAAACUCAUCACACAUAAAAAAAAAUAUGGCAACAAGAACAGGGGCAGAGAAGCAAAAGAAAGGAUCCAUGUAUGUGUAUAACUUAGACACUGGAAAUCCAAAACCAAAACCAGAAACAGAAAUUACAGAUUUAUCAUCACUGUUAAAGAAAGGGAUUUCAAAAGGAUGGCCCCUUAGAAGAUCAAAAACGUAUCGCGAAAAUCAUCAAGUUGAGUUGAAAACAAAUAAUGUUGUCACAACAAAAGGAGAAACAAGAAAAUCAGUUUCAUCCAUUGAAGGAGUUGUCGUUAAGGAAAUUGUAUCAAGAAAUCCAGUUGUUGAAUCAAGAAAAUCAGCUUCUUGCAUUGAAACAAAUAGGAAAUCAGUGACACAUGUUGAAUUGAAUGUGGCAUCAAUGGCUGCAAUUCUUCAAGUAAAAGUAUUGGUAACAGACAUGCCAGGAUUUAUGCAAGUACAUGCUUUUAAAUGUGCAAGAACUACUUUUGAUAGCUUGGAGAAGUUCAGCUCUAAACAUAUGGCCUAUAACAUGAAAAAGGAAUUUGACAAAGUAUAUGGGCCGGCCUGGCAUUGCAUAGUGGGCUCAAGUUUUGGGUCAUAUGUGACUCACUCCACAGGUGGCUUCCUCUAUUUCUCAAUGGAAAAGCUUUAUAUUUUAGUCUUCAAGACAAAAGUUCAAAAGACCAUUGAGUCUUAAUUUAUUUAUUUAUAUUAUUUUUUGUGAUUUAGAUAACUUUUUUUUAGAAAGUUUCGUAAUUUUCUUAGAUUUGUAGAUGGAAAUUCAUUGAGAUGAUCAAAUGUGUAUAUAUGUCUUAAAUUCAUUUUGAGAAAAUGUGCAUUUGUCUUAAAGUAUACCUCUUUUUAUUUUGCCUA